UUCGUCCAAAAAAAUAUACAGCAUUUCCUGCUAUGGCUCCUUUCUCUCACUAAAAAAAUCAAAAGGUUCUAGAGAGAUGCCGAACAUGUCGAGUGGCUGUAACAGAGAAGAAGCUCAGCGCUGGCUCAUCACAGCAGAGAAAGUUCUAUCGGCACGUGACUUCCACGGAGCCCGUACUUUCGCGAUCCGAGCCAGGGAAUCUGACCCGGGGUUCGAGGCUCCCAGCCAUGUCCUCGCUGUGGCGGACACAAUCAUCGCCGCUGAGUCUACUAUCGUCACCGUCAGUGGUAAACAGCUUCAGGACUGGUACGCGAUUCUCCAACUCGAUCGCUUCACUCAGUCCUCGGAACUCAUCGCAACUCAGUUCCGCAAACUCGCUCUCCUACUCAGUCCCGAUGGGAACAGGUUACCGUAUUCAGAUCUUUGCUUCAAGUUUGUGAACGAUGCGUGGUCGGUGCUUUCAAACCCCUCAAGAAAGAUAUUGUAUGACACAGAGUUGCAAUUGAGUCAAUUCGGAGAACGCCCUAGGCAAACACAAAUGCCACCGCCACCUCCGCCUCCAGUACAACCAACGCCCAAAAAAUUCCCCAGAAGCCAUGAUGAGGAUGGAAGUUUCUCAGUUACAAUGCAUGAAGGAAGGGCUAAUUGGUAUAACGUGGCUGAGUCGACUCGUCCACCUCGAACGAUGCAGUUCGAGCCUACUAGCGCACCUCGACCGAUCCAAACCGAGCCGAGUCGUCCGAGUAUACCAGGGUUCACUCGUCCUGUGCACCCAGAGGCCGUUCGUCCCUGUCAAGUAGAGCCUUCUCGUCCGAUUCCUGUGGAGAAUCCAGCUCGUUCCACCCAGGCAGAGCCAGCUCGUUCCAUUCAAGCAGAGCCAGCUCGUUCCAGUCAGGCAGAGCCAGCUCGUCCCACUCAGGCAGAGCCAGCUUGUCCCACUCAGGCAGAGCCAGCUCGUCCAUUUCAGGAGCCAACUCGUCCGAGUGAGACUGAAUCAGAGGUACCGAGUUUCUGGACAGCGUGUCCAUUCUGUUUCGUCCUUCACGAGUACGCAAAGUUUUACGAAGACUGCAUUUUGAGAUGCAUAAACUGUAAAAGAGUGUUUCACGGGGUACCGAUAGCGCCACCGCCGGUUACAGUGAAUAAUACGUAUUUCUGUUGCUGGGGCUUUUUUCCAAUUGGUUAUUCUACCUACGGGAAACAAAAGGGCGGGAAUCAUUCUAGUUGGACACCUAUUUCUCCCAUGUUCACCUGUCCUAUGCCAGGGAAUGGGAAAUCAAACCAAGUCAAAAAGACAUAUAAAAGAGCUUCAGUUUUGUAUGACGAAGUGUUGAUUUCUGAUUCGGAAUCCAGCCCUAGUGAGGGGUCUGAUGAUGAUUGGGGAAAUCAGAGGAGGAAAAAGGGGAAAAUUGACAAAGGGAAAGGAAAUGGAAACAAAAAAAGAGUGGGAAGGCCUCUGGGUGGGGCUAAGAAGGGGACACCAAAUCAAAAUCGGGGUGAGAGUGCAGAGGGGAUUAUUGGGACGUCGAGUGGUGGUGGGGCAGCAAUGCUUAGAAGUAGUUGGAAGAAGCAAAUGGGAAAUGGGUUGGAUUUGAAUGUGGUAUUUAGUAAUGAGUUGGACGACCAGGUGGCGCGAAGGGUCAAUCAUGUGAAUGGGGAGGAGGAUAAUAUUGAUGGUGUUGGGUUUUUCGAAGGGCUUGAUGAAUUUUUGAGUAGUUUGCCCAUACUAAAUAAUGUUGUGAAAGAUGAUAAGGUUAAGUCAGCUUAGUAAGUAAGACUCUUCCUUCUCUUAAUGCUGUUUUAUAAUUCUAGUUGUUGUAGUAGGUUUUGUAUGCUUGUUGUAGUUUUAAUUAUGUAGAGGCACUAGCACUUUGGUUGCUGGUGGUGAAAUCUAGUAUAUAUUUUGGAGAAAUGGGGUUUCUAA